UUGUGAGACAAACGACUCCAACUCAGCCCAGCCAUCACACAACAACAUCCCAUGUGUCCAGCGUCAAAUCCUGUAGUUUCUGUAGGAUCAGAGAGGUAUAGACCGCUGUGGCACUCAAGCUAACGGUACCAAAAUAGCAGAUGACCAUUUGCAUUUCAUCUGUCGCACACUCGACACCAAAGCGUCGCUCAGAUAUUUGUGCUUCCCGUGUUACAGCCCUGGCCUUGCCGGCAACUAUUUCGGUGGGGUGUGUUCGGUUCCUUCUGCUUCAGUCUUUUCAAUCGCUUACUUGAACAUGGAUUUCUACCGUGAGUUUCAGGCUGUAUUCAGCAAAGAGCAUUUGUACAGUGUUCGUAUACGGAGUAACGGGAAAGUCUGACUUCACUUAGUGGCUUAGUGAAUUUUACCUCUAAGGACUCGUUUGUGUCUUUAUUUUAUUGAAUGGAUUUGUCCAAGAGUUCUUCAGGAGAACUUCAAAAAAAGGGAAAUCACAAUGUAAUCUCCAAUAUGAGAUGUUGACAGCGUCAAGCCAGGUCAAUUCUGUGUCAGACUGAAGGAAUCAGGAAUAGACAUUCAUCAUGAGCAACCAAGAGAAGCGCCACAGGACAAGCAUGCAGCACCUCCGCUAUCUUGAUAGCUUCAUGGAUGAAAUAGACCGUGAGGUCAUGAGCCUGACGGAUCGAGCUUUCAAGAGUCUGUGCAUUGGAGAUGAAGCAAUCUACAAUGACUCAGAGUUUUCCCCUUCUCUCGUAAGCUGCCACAAGCCAAUGGUGGAGGACGUCUCAAAAAAGAGCUCUUUUUCUGCUGUCAAAAAACUUAAUUCUCACCCUCUCAAUGGAGCUAAUGAUCCAUUGAGUAGGCUGAAUAAGUCAUCCAAAGACUCAUCACUUUUUUCAGCGUUUGUAGCCAAAAAGAACGGUGAGAUCAACAAGAUGACGAACGGUGAUUCAUGGGACAAAUCUGCUCUACUCAGUAUCCAAAGGGAGCUCUCAGAGUUUUCUUCAGAUUAUCACAGUUUAACAGCGGAACAUCUUUCCCAAGCCAAAAAUCACCUCAAAUCAGAUGAAAAAGAGCUUGCCAAGAAAUCAAGCAAGGUUGCUUCGAGUCCUCCAGGAAAAUCUUCUAAAAGUAAACAAAGCAAACUGAGAAAACUGAAUUGCAUAAACUUUUUCCUCCACAGCGAAUUCAGCCCGUUUUUGUCAUGGAGGGAUUUUAAUCAAUUCUCCAUCGGGCAGGAGCACAUUUCGGAGAUCAUGUUGAGCGACAGGCAACCGGAAUGGUAUGACUCGCCUCUUUACAAAGAAUUAACUGCAGCACACGGACACUAUAAAUUAAGUGUUCCCCCAUCAGAAGUUGAAAAGUGUCCAAAACAAAGCGAGACUCAUCCACUUAAACCACAACUUGCUUCUGUACAACAGGCAGCCCCUAAGGUACCCCCAAAACCAGAGAAAGAUUCCGGGCACAUCCAGCAUAAUAUUCCUACAAAAGCUCCUCCACUUGUUGCUGAACAAAGAUGUAACUCAGAAAAAGUGGAAGCUUGUGUUCCCUGGCGUAAAAGCCGAAGUAGAGCAAAAAGUGCUGCUCCUGUGGGGCACGCCAUCAACUCACCGGCCUGCGAAAGGACAAACGCUGGAGAAGGGAGCGGACAGGCAUUUAAAAAAGAUGUCAAAACAAUAGAGGACCAGACCUCCGCUAGUUCAACUCCUUUCAGUAUUUCACAGCUGUUGACACCAGUGAUACACUCCAGACAUGGGACAGGGACUUCAGAGAUACUGCAACCUGUGCUCUCUCCUGCUGCCCUGGAGAUUCUAGCGCUCCCUGAGAGAGAGCUACAUCCAUCGCCUGAGAUUAAGAGAGAGGGAUACAAAUCCAUAGCAUCAAGCUUGUUGUUCAAUCUCAAGGACAAUAGAAAACGGGUUAAAGCCAUGUACAGUCCGCCUAAGUUUAAAGGUUUGGAUGGGACAAGUCAAAGCAAAGAGUCUCCCCAGCAUGAAUCAUCAAAAGAUGUGCUUGACAUAACAGAGAAUUCAGACGCUAAAACAAUUUCACCUGCUCAUCUCAAACCUAUUACAUCUCCAACUAGUCCCUUGUUGGAAACUGGAGAUGCUCAAACCAGCUCUCCUGCGAAUGGUAGAAUGCCGGACGACUAUUUGGCACUGAGUCUGCUUCAAUCUGGAAAAUUAAAAUCAAACAGGAGUCCAGCGACGAACAAGGCAAAAUACCCAUCACUACAACUAUACCGAAAAACGAGUCCUGAGGAGAUCAGAACAAAUGCUCAAGCUGUGGUUGACACCAGCUCUCAGGUUUUCUCAGAAAAAGCCAGCAAAGAUCAUGAUGCAAAGCAUAAUUAUCCAAGCAAAUUGUUGAAAGGUGUGGAGUUGCAAAACAAAAAUGAUACUUUAGAGUCAACGCUAGAUUCCAAAAAGCCCAACCAAGGUUUAAAUAGUGAAAGGACUAUUGAAAACAAAUCUGGGAAAGUCCAAAGGGUAAGUUUAACAAAACAGGAAGAAGAAGCUAUUAGUGAUGGUACAGAUCAAACUAAGGACAGGUUGAAAACUAGAGAAACAGUCAAUACACAGAAAAGCCCUGUUAAAGAAAAAGAACCCAACUUGAAGGAGGCAGGAACAAAGCAUGCAUUUUCUGCACGACAAAACAACUACAUUAAAAGUCAGAGAUUUGUCAGUACAGAUCAUGAUAAAGAUCAUGAUGAUAGUUCUAAUGCAGAAAAACAGCUGAUGGAUAUAAAAGAUAAACAUGCUGAUGAUGAGUGGUCCAGGCAUUCCAAAAAUGCAAAAUCAAAAGAGAUAAGACAUGAGGAGCAUAAUGAAGGAAUAUGUCAAAAGAAAGGGCUAGUUCAGACAACAGCGGAUGGAGUACUAUUGAAAGAAAGUGUUCGUGUAAGUGGAGAGGUUAUCAAAGCUAAAGAACAGAGCAGUAUUACAUCAAAGAAUGGUUUGGAAACUCAAAGAGAGCAAAAGGUAAAAGAAGGAACUUUUUCAGUGAAAGGAAACACUUCUGCAAAGAGAGCACUGUUUGCAUCAAUGGAGCCAGUGCAAAAUAAGACAAGUGCACACUUAAAGAGAGAUAAUGUUGUUAUAGACAAGUACGACUUGGCCAAAAUGGCUUUAGAGGAGGUAAUUGCUGAUCGAGAGCAAAGAAAGUUGAAAAAUAAUGCACAUGGUUGUGAAAAACCUCAAGGUGAUCUUGAGUUAUCCACCAGUGGAGAGGACGAACUACCCAUGUUCAACCAGAAUGAAAGGGGGACAAUUAAAAAAGAUGGCACAGGUCAGAAUACUGUAUCUGCUUUUAAAGCUAAUUGGCAGACUGUGCAAACAAAGUCAGAAGACAUGGCCAAACAUGGUGAAAGUCAUGUGCCUGAGGUAAAAUUAGCCAGGCCCUGUAAGCAGGAAGUAUCUAAUGGGCAGUGCCAGAUUGUGGAAACUAUAAAAUAUAAUGAGAGAGACAGACUGUACCUAGACCAUAACGAUAGCAACACAAGUAAAAUCAGCAAGGGUGAUAAAAUACGCCAAAAGAAAGAGUUAAUGAAUAAACACUUAAGUCAUGCAAUGAAAAUGGAAAGUAGAGAUAUUUGUACUGUGGGACAGUGUGAGGAAGAGUUGGGUGUUGACAAAAGGGGUAGUUCCAAUAAACCUGAGAUACCCCCAAGAAGAGGGAGAAGUAAUUCGCAGAGUAAUGACAGAGCAAGUGAAAAGACAGAAGGUAAUUUGGACUUAACAAGAGAAUGUGACACUACAGGAAAAACUGAGAAUAUGGAAAGUAUAGAAAUAAGCAAAAUUCAGUCAAGUCAAACAAAGAAUCGAGGCCCAGUGCGAGGAAAUGUAUCAGCUCUGAAAGAGAAGUAUGACAAAGAUAUUAAGGUAAAUCGCAAGGAUGCUCAGAAAGGCCUGACUGUUGAAGAUACAUGUUCUGAAAAGUCCAUGAAAGAGAAACCUAAUGAAAAGGCUACAAAAGACAACAUGUAUCACCAAUUUGUUCCACCGAAACUCACAGUCAGUGAUGCUGAAAGUGGCAGUUGUUCCAUUAUCUACAACGAGGUGGAUUUAGAGAGUGAAAGAAUGUCUAACAGCUCUGCAAAAGAAUCGAAAAGAGGCAAAGAACAUCCUAGGAAACACAGUACUACCCAAGACAUCCAAAAGGUUGUAGUUGACCUCACAAGCAACAUAAAUGAAGGAAAGGUAAAAAAGAAUGAGAAGGAAGAAUGUGCUGAAAAGCAGAACAAAUCCAAAAGUCCAAAAGUCUAUGUGAAAGACUUCUUAAGUGGCCUUCUUGGACUUUCAAGCCCAGAAAGAGUCAAAACAGUAGAUGAACUUGAGGAGGAACUCUCCGAAACACUGUCCUCAGAGUCUUUCAAACCUGAUAAAGUCAGAGAGGACAGUAUCGCAGUUUAUGAUAUUCUUGGACAGUCUCAUUCUUUAUCCUUGUUAAAUGGUAAACAAACACAUCACAGCAGUCGCUCUUCAAAUUCAAGUGAACUCUCUCUAUUGCAAGCAGAAGAGUUGACCAGGAAAGCAGAAGUCUGCAACAUGAAAGAAAAAGUAGAUGAAAAUGUGAAUUUCCAAAAGCCCUCAAUAGAUUCUUGCUCUUUAAGCAACCAUGAAAGUGAGUCAGAUGUCUCUGACAGGGUAGUUUCUCCACCAAGUGAUGUUGACAAACGGGGAUGGGUACACAGCUUGAUUGAGUCAGCUAGAAGCUUAACACAAAUACCACAUAGUCAUUCUUCCUCCAAGGAUCAACAGGACAACUGCUUGAAUAGAUCUGAGAAAGAUGAGGGAGAUCUAGACCUCUUCAAAGAUGAUUCUCAAGCUGAGAUGUCUGCUGGAUCAGUCAAGCCAAACCAACCAGCAAUGCAGUUCUUGCCCCUUCCGACAACUCACCCGGUCACAGUCAAGGACGGAAAGUUGUCAGCCGGAAGUGCGUCUCUGUCUGAGGAAGAGGAGCGACGCUCUGCUGUGAGCACUUUAUCGGAGGGAAUUGAUGGCUAUGAAACAAGCGGAGGCGAUACGAUGGAGGAGAACAUUGUUUACAAUGUCCCAACAGAGGAUGCGGAGGGAUCCAAGGAACCGAGUGAGAGAUCUGCUUCAGCCUGCAGUGGAAACGACGGUCAGGGUCAAAACAAGCCGCCAGUUGUACCUCCAAAAACCGAAAAGGCCCUACGCCGGGCCAUGAGGCUCACGACACGGAGGAUACAAAAAGCUGAAGCUAAAGGGAAAUCUGAGCGGAAAGGCAGGAGCGGUGACAAAAGCGUCACUCACAAGGCUGAGAGGAGACACCACAGCACUGACAAAGUGCACGAGAGAUCAGAACACAGGUCGCUUAGCAGUGACAGAAUUAGCGAUAAGCAAAGCCAACAUCUCGAUGAAACACUUGAGCACAAAUCUCAAAAAAGCGAGAAGCAUGCUAGACGGCAUAGUGGUCACAAGAGCCAAAACGUAGAAGAGAAUGAUCCUAUUAAAAAAGUGCCACAUGCAACCAAAGAUACUGGUGACUCUAAGACCAAUCGCAAGAAACAAAUUGAAGGCACAUCAAACCGUGGGGAGCUUUUGGAGAAUGGCCAAAUGAGUAAUGACAGUGACAGACUGGGUCGAAGCAAUGAGAAAUACUUGCCCAAGAAACUCGAACGUAGGACUCAAAGUCUGGAUAGAUUUUUAAGGGAUAAGCAUGAAAACGUACCGAGCAGCAUAGGGAAAACGAGUGUUGAAGUUCAUUCAACAGAAGGAUCACAAUACGCUGCUCGAAAAGGAUUACCUUUGCGCCAAAACAGCAUUGAACAUACCUAUGCACCUGCCACUAAUCUUGUAACGCAGUCCUUCCCGAUAACACAGAGGAAGCUUUUACAGGACCCUGACUCUGGAGAAUACUUUCUGGUGGAUAUGCCUGUGCAAGUCAAAACAAAAACUUUCUUCGACCCGGAAACAAAAAGUUACGUGCAACUUCCAGUGCAAUCUCCUGAGGCUCCACCAUUGGAGGUGAUGAACGCACCUCCACUUAUGUUGUAUCAUGGCUUUGUUCCAGUAUCCCUACCUUCACAGAAAUCUGUUGUCAGGAGUGGAGGAUCCAUGAUUCCUCCUGAAGACCUGGAAGACUUUGAAUUUAGCAGGAAACAGAUGCAGGAGACCUUUUAUAAAACGCAUAAUGAAGAGGUAAAUCCUUACUCCGAGCCUGUGUAUAUAUCACAAGAACAUACACCUGAAGAGGAAAUUGAUAGUGUGAGAUGAAAACAUCCAAACUGAAUUUGUCCAGAGUAUGAAUGUGACUGAAAUCAGGGAUUCCUGUUAUUUGUUUUCAGUCUGGUGUGCCAAGUGUUUCGAAACUAGUAUGUAUGCUGCUCUUUUUUUUUAUAGUGCACAAAACGUGGAUUGUAAAUGUUUAAUUCUUAUUAAAGUAAGGCCUAGUUCUCUUACCAUUAAAAGCACUUGUCUAUCUGUAACAGAUUUGAAUUGAAAGUAGUUUUGCUUUCAUAAAUAUCAGAAGGAGAUUAUUUUGAUACAUCUUGUAUUUGAGUUUUGAAUUUAUUUAGUCUGCAGUAUUUUUCACAGCAGAAAAGCAUUGUAAAAACAAAGAGAUCAACACAGGUGUUUUAUAUGCUUAAUCUGGACAAAUGCUGAUUGCAUUCUGGGUGCAUUUUGGAAUGAAUUAGUAUAUUAGUAUAUGGAUUGUGACUUCAAAAAAAAACCAUUCCAAUAAAAGCAUCAUCAAACUG